AUGCCCCUCAACAGAUUCGAGAAACUCAGGCGCUUGAUUCAUUUCGUGUCAGAAGAAGAUGCAUCCGACAAAUACGCCACAAUCCGACCAGUGCUGAACAGAAUACAAAAGAACUGCUCCAGCAUUCAGCAAGAGCAUCAGCAGUCAAUCGAUAAAACGAUGAAACCCUACAAAGGAACCCGCGCUGGAUACAUUUUUGCCACCACAUUCACGGAAGAAGAGGAGGACCUCGGACUAGGAGCAAAAGUUGUUAUUGCUUUAUGUAAAACCCCAGAGCAACCAGAACAAAGAGUGGUCUACUUUGACAACUUCUUUUGUAGCCUGGAGCUGCUGAGGGACAGUGGGAUCACUGCUGUGAAAUGGUUGGAUAUGAAGCCUGAACAUAUUGCGUCCACAUCGACAGCUCGAGAGCCUCUUGGAAAUGUGAAGAGGUAUGUGAAGGACGAAACGAAGAUGGCUGCUCCAGCGCCCCGAGUGAUUCUGGAGUAUAACUCACACAUGGACGGCGUAGACCUUGCCGAUAUGCUGGUGGAGUUGUACCGAACACCUCUAAAGUCGAGACGCUAUUACCUAAAACAGUUAGGCCAGCUACUUGACAUUUGCGUCAACAAUGCAUGGUUGCUUUCCCGGCGGGAUGCCCAGUUGCAUGGAGCGUCGCAGACAAUGCCCCUGAAGGGCUUCAGGGCAAUAGUGGCGAAGGCGCUUCUCUCUGAAAAUAAAAAGAAGAGGGGUCGGCCAUCAUCAGACGGCCAGCCAUCAAAACGAAGCCGUCGACCAAAAGUGCCAAGGCCGCAAAACGGCAUCCGCUUUGACGGAGUCUUGAAGAAGGAAGUUUACGGGAGCGUUUAUCAAACGUAA